AUGAGGCCACUUCUGAUCUGUUUUGCCACCUUUCUGAAUCACUUGUUGAUGAUAAAUCCAAGAUUCUACAAUGUGGCCAAGCAGCAGGGUGAUGGUGGAGGAGAUUUGCGGCCAAAUGAGUUUCCCCGAGCAUGUCACCGGGGACCGGGACUGGCCGGGACUGCGAAGCAACACUUCGUGCGAAGCUUUUCCCUCUCCCGGGGAUUUUCCUUCUCUCUUUCCCUCAGCCAUCUUCGACCAUCCUGAUCGCCCAUACCACUUGGCGAGUCAGCAUCCUCUUGCCAGACCGAAGACCGCGGCUCGUCGUUCAUACUUUCAGGUCCCACACAUGCUGUGGUCGUCCUUGUAUCACCUACUUUGCGACUGGGUUAAGGUCCGAGUCUUUCAAUCCCCUCAGGAGCUUCUCUCCUGGCCUGUCCAUCGGUCGGACUCUAUAAACUCUCAAGGGGUUUGCUCUUGUAAACACUCGAGCAGGGCCCAUCAUCAGAAAUCGCUCUCGUCUCUUACUGGACAGCCGAACGAAUCCGGUCGAGACGGCUCAUUCUGGGAUCGUCUCGCAUCUUUCAUAUCUGACUAGUAGUUAACACAGAUCGGGCCGAAGACAUCGAGUCACCUCGACGAGGACCUUUCGCGUCUACGAGUCUCAGAUUAAUAUUUUUGCAGGCAUCCUGGAUGAGCUACCAGCUCUGACUACGAUUCUUCAGUUUUCUCUAGGGGACGAGAUUGGGAACGGUGGGUGGGGGUAGCGCUGGCUGUCUGUUGCCCCUUGGGCCUGGCAGUUGUCGAUUUAGUGCAAUCCGCGGUGAGCGAGUCCUCGAAGGUCUUCUUCUUCGCUCGCUCAACUCAAUUCGGACUACUCUUGGCCUGGCAAAGCCUCCUCGUCGGGUGGUCUGGGUGAUCAGCUUGGUCGCCGAUCGCUUCGUUUUCCUCCUCCCCUUCACAUCCCAUUUGGGUUUUCUCCAGUCUUCUUGUCUUGGCUGUUUAUAGCCAUUUGUGGAUGUGUUGGUCAACUGAUGAUCAUCGGCUCAAUUCUCAGAAUUGGAAAGCUGGUAUCACCCUCGGAUCUUAUGGAUCCCGUGGGCUGAUUGAUGUUCUCCAAUCUGUUUUGAACCCGACUGUUUCUGAUGACUGCGAGCUUCUCCUUCGAUUACUCCUCUAUCAAUUGUACUGUGUUCCCUUCUCUGGCCAAUGAAAAUGUUUGUACCUUUUGUAAUCUUGAAAUUGGAGGUGUGCCUACACAGACCUACUUUUGCACACCGGUGUCUCUGGCUACACAAGACCGCGAAGCCCGCCAGCGCAACCUUUGUAAGCC